ACGCCUGCGGCGCGCCGCGGCGCUGACUAGGGGCCCGGCUUUCGCCCGCUGCUGCCGCCGCCGCCGCCGCCGGCCGCGGCUGCUCUCCCAAGAUGGCGGCUCCUCCGGGCGAGUACUUCAGCGUCGGGAGCCAGGUGUCGUGCCGGACGUGCCAGGAGCAGCGGCUGCAGGGCGAGGUGGUAGCCUUCGACUACCAGUCCAAAAUGCUGGCUUUAAAAUGUCCCUCAUCCAGUGGAAAGCCCAACCACGCAGACAUCCUGCUCAUAAACCUACAGUACGUGUCAGAAGUGGAAAUAAUUAACGACCGGACAGAAACUCCUCCUCCCCUAGCUUCACUCAAUGUUAGUAAGCUCGCCAGCAAAGCUCGGACGGAGAAAGAGGAGAAGCUAAGCCAGGCCUAUGCAAUCAGUGCUGGCGUCUCCCUCGAGGGCCAGCAGCUCUUCCAGACCAUCCACAAGACCAUUAAAGACUGUAAAUGGCAAGAAAAAAACAUUGUAGUCAUGGAAGAAGUCGUUAUUACGCCCCCCUAUCAAGUGGAAAACUGUAAAGGCAAAGAGGGGAGUGCACUGAGCCAUGUACGCAAAAUAGUGGAAAAGCAUUUUAGAGACGCCGAAAGCCAAAAGGUCCUGCAGCGCUCACAAGCCCAGCAACCACAGAAGGAGGCGGCCCUGUCAUCCUGAGGCCACGCGGCGGGACCUCGGCACCCAGCCCGGGGCGGCGGCUGGUGGAGGCAGGCCAGGGAGGGGAGGGACCCCACGUUUCCCGCUGGCUCCUGCUCCCCAGGGGCCAGCCAUCCAGUCUUAGACUUGAACAGACAAACACCCAACAAAAGCGAACAGAGAUAAUUUAAAGUUGAAUCAUUACUUGACUAACAGACUUCGUCCGCCAUGUCCUUGUCACAGCCCUUCUCCGACAGUCACCUUGUUAGUUUUAUUUUCAAACACCCCUUGCCCAUGGGCCUCUCCCCUCCUCCUCUCCGGCCCCCUGCUCCCUCUGGUCCGUUUUUACGAGUGGUUCCAGGCGCCUUCUGAACGCUUGAAGGAAACUUUACAUCUCCUCCUCCAAAAUAAAAGUAACAAGCUGACUGUGACUCUUGAGUUGAGACCAGAGCAGCCGACAGAGGUCUCACUUUAAAUUCUUUUUUUCUUUUUCCUUUUUCUCUUUCUUUCUUUCUUUCUUUCUUUUUUUUUUUUUUUUCUUUGCACAGGGCAUGGCUUGAAUUAGUUUUAUUUUUCUUAACUUUAAAUAUAUAUAUGAAAAUAUAUAUUAAAAUGUUCUCUAAAUAUUUUCUGCUUCUUGCAGGUCUCUUUUUGCUAGAUCAUGGCCAUUCUUUCCACCUCUCCCCUGAACACACAGUGCGUUGCCCUUCCUCUUGCCCCCACCAGGCCCUGUCUCGGCCUGGGCCACUGAGGUGGGACUUGCCUAGGGUCCCAGGGCUGCAGCGGGGUGCGGGCUCCGCCUGGCCCUGCACCCCUCCAUGGUACUAGAAGAGCUGCGCCUGCGCAGGGCAAGCGUGCCCAGCCCGUCCUCCUGGGACUCUGGGGAUGCCCGCCCACCACCUACCCACAAGAUGGCAUCAGCCCCUCUCCAGCCCAAAAGCAGCUGCUUACAAGCCGGCCACAGCUUGUAUGUGCUCCCGGAGGUCAGCAGCCUGGGAGGCAACUGGACUCGAGCGCCCGCCAUCUGGCGAGACUGACCUGCUGAGAGCCAGUGGCAGCACUGUCAGUCACUGCCCGCGUGGGGUGGGGUCACAUGGGACUGGCUGGUGCCGGGGUGGGGGUGGGGUGGCUAACAACUAUUCUUUUUUGGCCAUGAUCGCCUUCCCCUUCCUUUUUUUUUUAAUUAAAUAAAUGGAUCAAAAGUAAUUCAAGCCCUGCCUUCAAAAUGAAAAAAAAAAAAUUUUUUUUUUUAGUAUUCUUUAGCAAAAACAAUAAAACCCAAAUUUUUUAAACCAUCA